AUGAGGCACUUCAUCCCCAUCGUCUGCUUCUCCCUCCUGGGCGCCCAAGCUGAGCCCUUACCGGCCAACAGCCCAGUAUGCGACGUUGCCGUCGAGACUGCGCUGUGCUUGCACAAUGCGGAGAAGAUAUUGAUGCCUGAUGCUCGCCCAUAUGGCAUGGAGGUUCACCUUACGUUCGAUGAAUCUCGUCCUCUCGACACCAGUGGCAAGAAGAACCACGGAUCUGGGGAGAUCAUGGCAGCAGCUGGCAUUGGUGGUGUUGGGAGCUCUGGCUUGUUCCGCAACAACUACGUAUACGUCCCUAGCUCCGAUAGCUUCAAGUCUGCUGACUUUUCAUACACUUUCUUUGUGUACCUCCUUGAGGAUGCAAAGUCGAGGUCAAUAAAUGAGUUGCAUGACCAGUUCUGCCCCAUCAUGCACAAGGGCACCAUGCGCGAAGAUGUUCAAGAGGCUUCGCCAGCACUCCUAGUCAACCCUCGCGAUGGACGUGUCAAAGUUAUCCUCGGCACUACUGGCAGUGCAGCACCUGGCAGCGAGAUGCAGAGUAACUCAAGACUUCGCCCCCACCAGUGGUAUCACCUUGGAGUCGUGCGUCAUCAAAACCGCAUGAGGCUCUACGUCGACGGCAUCCUUGAUUCUUCUCUCGUCACUGAAGGAUCAACAAAGACCAAUGACCUCCCUCUUUUCGUUGGAGGUGCCCCUUAUGCCGAGAAUGUUUGCGACAUGCCAAUGCUUCUCGAUGAAUUCCGCAUGUUCUCAUACGCACUUGGUCGUGACCAUAUCCAAGCCGAGGCAUCCAUAGCCUUAGGCGGCAUUGAACCCUCAUAUCUUCACAUCGGCUGCACCAACUGCAACAAGGACGAAGCUGCGGAGUCCUGUGCCGACGGCUACCACCUGUGCAACAAGCUAGAGCUCUACAACGGUGGAUUCCAGGUCGCUCGCAAGCUUUCUCUCGGCACAGCGCUCGUUGCCGCCGGAUCACCGACCCCAGUGAGGGGCGCUGGUCUGUGCUGCACAGACGCAUGA